AUGUCGCUCCUGCGCCUAGGCCUCCUAGGCCUCUCCGCCGCCAUCUCCGGCAACCUCCGCCGCUCCCUCUCCACCGCCACGUACUCGCACCCACCAUGGGUCAUCAUCCAGGAUACAACGAUGGUGGACAGAUCAUUGUCGGACCCGGGCGUGUGCUUCCGCGCCGUCGAUCCUCCGGGCGUCUCUGACAUCACCGCCCCGGCGCACCUCAUUAGCCCCAGGGAACGCCCCGCCUCUGACAUCUUCCAACUUCUCGCCGGCGAUGUUCGCGCAGCCAGCGGCGACGGCCAUCUCCUCCUCAACUACCACGAUCUCCAAGCGGGGAGGGAGGUUCCCUGGACCUCCUGGGAAAUGACCGAGGACGUCGAAACCCACCGCUUCGUCUGCAACCCUCUCAGCGGCCAGAUGCUCCGCCUGCCGGACAUCGGUGGCUCCAAGAGGAUCCUUGUCCACAACCACAUGGGCCUCCUCACCCAGGCCGAUGGCGGGCGCGGGCACGGGCCGCCUGACAGAUUCGCCGUAGCCGAUCUCGUCUUCAAUGGCACUGGCCUUCAGCGGUUUCUGUCAGAUGAAGGAGAGUGGGAGACGGUGGUGAGCAUGCCAUGCCGAUCUCUCCCCCCGCGCGAGUUGUUGAUAUUCCAAGAGACGGUUGCCUUGGGCGGCCGGCUGUGGUGGGUCGACUUGACCUUCGGCGUCAUCUCCGUGGACCCAUUCGCCCACCGGCCGGAGGUCUGCUGCAUCGAGCUGCCCAGCGGCAGCGUCCUGCCUGCACGUGCACCCAUAGACGGGGAUAUCAGCAAGGCCCAAGAAACCGUGAGGUUCAUGCAGGAGCUGGCCAAGUACCGGCGCGUUGGGGUGAGCGGCGGGAGGCUGCGGUAUGCCGAGCUCACUCCUGGUCCUGGCGGGCCGCUCCUGCUCAGCUCGUUUGCGCUCGAUGACGAGGCCAGCGGCUGGAUGCUAGAGCAUCAGGUGGAGCUCAGCCAGGUCUUGGCGGAUGGAGGCUACCAGCUGCAGCACAACUCGCCGGCGCCACAGAUCGCCGUCCUCGACCCGCUCAACGCCAGCGCCGUGCAUCUCAAGGUUGGCAACCACGUCGUCGUCGUGGACGUGCGCAAUGGGAAGGUGAUCGGGGCCUCUCCGCCGCUUCCUGAGAGUCAAGCCGACUGCUUUUCUUGUGUGUCAUGUGUGCUUCCGCCGUGGCUUGGAGCAAGCCGGAUCCCUACAACAGGCAAGAAGGAUGACAUGGAAGCGACAGAUGAUCUGGUUAUCUGCCUCUAG